AUGGCGGACGUUGAAGCCCAACCCACACAUGAACGAAAACCGCGUAAAUCGGUAGCUUUCAGCGAAGGAACAACAAUUGUCGACGAGAACGGUUCAGUCACAAUGAAGGAAGACGGUCACGACGACUCAAAAGACACGGCCAUAUCCCACUCACCAAGUACGCCGCCACUAUCACAGGCUUUAGGAGACUUUACUGAUCCGAUCCAAGGCCUCGAUGAUGGUGACAAGGAGCCCACGAAGGAUGAUGACGACGAUGUAGCCAAUAUGCUGAAGGGCAUGAAGAAGAAGAAGACCAAGAAGCCCAAGGCGGAUGAGGCAGAGGCAGAAGGUGGCGAGGCGGCUCCAGCAGAGGAUGGCGGAUUGGACCUCUCAUCAAUGAAGAAGAAGAAGAAGAGUAAGAAGCCCAAGGAAGGUACCGAGGACGAAUUCGCCGCCAAGCUUGCUGCGCUCGAUCUCGAAGGAAAGGAAGGUGAAGCUGAACCUGCUGAACCCGCCGAGAAGAAGCUUGUCGAUGCAGGUGAUAUGGAGAAGGGAACUGGUAUCUGGCAACACGACUCCGAAGUCAAGAUCCCAUACGAUCUUCUCCUGUCCCGAUUCUUCACCCUCCUCGCACAAAAGAACCCAGAUCACGCAUCCAGCGGCUCGAGAAGCUACAAGAUCCCCCCUCCUCAAUGUCUCCGUGAAGGAAACAAGAAGACCAUUUUCGCCAAUAUUGCUGAGAUUUGCAAGCGUAUGAAGAGAACCGACGAGCACGUUACUUCAUAUCUGUUUGCUGAGUUGGGUACGAGUGGUUCCGUCGAUGGUAGCAGACGUCUGGUCAUCAAAGGUCGAUUCCAGCAGAAGCAAAUUGAGAACGUCUUGAGGAGAUAUAUCAUGGAAUAUGUCACCUGCAAAACUUGCCGGUCUCCAGACACCGAACUCAACAAGGGAGAGAACCGAUUGUAUUUCAUCACCUGCAACUCAUGUGGAUCUCGACGAAGUGUUACUGCUAUCAAGACCGGUUUCUCCGCUCAAGUCGGAAAAAGACGCAGACAGCAAGGUUAG